AGGGUGUUUUUGCGACUCUGAUAUUUUGCUUGCAAUUAAGGCAAGAAGUGUUUUUAUGAAACUGCCGGGAACAAUUUGGGUAGAUUUUGGCGACCGGGAUAUUUUGCUACCAAUUAAUACUAGGAUGGUCCUAGAUUACUAAGAAAGGACUACCUUAAAUCAUUUGUAUUCAAACGGCCGGGAAGAAAACCUUCAAAAAUCGUCAUUUCUCUCCGUGUCGACUCUGUGGGAAAGUCGACUUUUUGGAUGAUUUUGCAUAUUACAAUUUACAAUUUACAAUAUUGUUAUCAUACAUGAUGAAAAAGGAUUAGAUCCGAAAGCUAAGCUUAUAACUUCCAUUUAUACAAUAACGUCUGCGUAAAUACAUGCAUGGGUUGUUUAUAACCAAGGUUGACAUUCAUCUUCAUCAUAAACACAUAAUACAUGCAUGCUAGUCAAAAAAUAUGAAAUAAGAUAUUUAUUCUGUUGACCGAGUGACCAGGGCAUACCAGACACAUGCUUAAACAUGUUUGUCGUUGUAUUUACAAUAGAUAAUACAAGCGAAAAGUUUUAUUGUAAAUUUAAACACUCUUCAGUACUUAUUACCGCACGUACAAUAGCGUUACACUUGAUAUCUUUGUACAUAAUGCGACCAGUAAUGCAAAUAAUAACAGGGUUUUAAGAUAUACAAAAUUAAACUUGCAAUGCAGUCGUUACUUUCAUUUUAACCGCUGUACAUGUAUGUGCUAGUGUUUUGACGCGAAAUUAUGACACGGGGAAGAGUCCGAAGCACGAUGAAUAUGGAUGGUUACCGCCAGUACUUGUUGGAAAAUCUCAAUAAAUUGUAUGAGAAUCAAGUCCUUACUGACGUCACACUGAAGGUUGAUAACGUGAGAAUUGAUUGCCAUAGAAAUGUUCUAGCCGCUGCCAGUCCAUACUUCAGAGCGAUGUUCGUGAAUCCCGUGAAAGAACGAGACGAAAAAGUCAUAGAAAUAUAUAAUAUACCGUCUUAUGUACUGGGGGCCGUGAUUGGAUAUAUUUACACUGGAAGUAUUCAGCUGACCAAUGAAAAUGUGCAAGACUUCUUAAUGACUGCUACCAUGUUGGAACUAACACAUUUAAUUGAAAACUGUGCAAAUUAUAUGACACAUGAGGUUUGCAUGGAAAACUGCGUGGAAAUGUUAACAUUUGCGUCACAUUUUGCGUGCACGAAAUUAAAACAGUAUGCAAAGAAAUUUAUACUCGACAAAUUUUCAGACAUUAUUGCCGAUGAAAAUCUUUUUGAAUUGGAAGUGGAUGAUUUUGAAGAACUUAUUGCAAGUGACGACAUUUCAGUAGCAAAGGAGGAAAUGAUUUUUGAUGCGAUCAAAAAAUGGAUUAAUUUGAAAGAUUCGCGCACAAGCCUCUUUCCGCGUUUAUUCAAACACGUAAGAUUGCCUCUGUUAAGUGAAGAAUAUUUAAAGAACAAUGUUGAGCAAGAUUUGUUAAUCAAAAAUGACCCAGUUUGUGGAAAGAUUUUAUCAAAAUUCAAAUCGUACAAAAGGGCAGAUUCAAACUUAUCGUCUGAAAUCGAGCAAGAGUAUUAUGGAGUCAACUCAAAACCGCGACAUGGCAUGUUCAGCAGAAAGAUGUUGGUGUUUUCCGGCGGGACUGUUGACAAAAAUGGACGUUCGCUCACUGCGUUUGAUCCUUUUACUUUUAAGAAUUACACCGGUGUUAAACCCCAUCCAACUUUUGACUUUAAAUACAAAAUUGAUUAUUACCAACUGGUUGUUACAUCCGAUAAUAGUCUUUAUUUCCUGGGCGGAAUAUUUUAUGAUGACCACCAUUUUGAAGAUGCUGGACAAGCUCUGAGUGAGGUGUAUAAAUACGACACACAGGCUGUAUUAUGGGAACGUAAAACCGAUAUGUGCAAACCUCGUUGUUGUUUUUCAGCGUCUGUGCUGGAGAACACGGUGUUUGUGAUUGGUGGAAAAUCGCUAUACCCCAGAGGCGCGCCAUUAGAGUCAGUAGAAUUCUAUGAUGCUGACAACGAUAUCUGGAAUAUUCUUUCACCCGUCCCGAUCGGUAUCUAUAAUCAUGCUUCAGCUGCAUUAGCUGAUGCCAUUUUUGUUUUUGGCGGGAGAGAUGAAGAUGAUGACUAUUUAGAUACGGUGUUAAGGUACGAUAUUCCAAGGGACUUUUGGACACUAGUCACGACACAAAUGAACAAACCACGUACACAGUUCUGCGCUUUCCCUUUCAAAUCUUGUAUCUACUUGGUCGGCGGCGUUACGAUGCAUGAAAAUAUUCUUACUGUAGCCAUAUAUGACCCAAAUAGGAAUAAAUGGACAUACGGCCAGAAUUUUCCAGAGGAAAGAAAAAUAACAUCAGCAAGUUUUCACGAGGGAACUAUUUUUGUAUGCGGAGGUGUACGACAUCUUGGUUUGAGCGGGCGUCGAAGCCGACUUGUUGAGUCACGUGACUUGUACAAGUAUGAUAUAGAGAAGAAUAUAUGGUCAAAGGUUGUGAAGAUGGUACAAUACUCGAAUACACAAUCCGUCACAUGUGCUGUACUCAAUACAAAAUACCUUGAAGAGAGCGACUAUGUAAGCUCUUUGUGAAACAUACUGUUCCACGGCUACAAGAUAGCCCAUUCCGCGGAAAAAUAUGGAUACCUAGUUUUGUAUAUUUAUGCUUAUUUAUGUAAAAUUGCAAUAACUAUUUUUACAAGGUCUUUAAUAAAUUUUUAUCUCUGCAUUAAUGUAACUGUGAUACCUCAAUAAUUUAUUAUGUUUAAUUUAAUCUUAUUACUUUUUGUUGCUGGUUGUUAUAUUUGAUACCCAUUUUGUUGAUAUAAAAUAUAAUUAUUUUUGCAAAUU